GCCGCGUCAGGGCGGAGUCUUUCCUUUGCGUCACGCGCGCCUCCUCCUCUCCCAUUGGCGGUCGCGAAGUGACGUUUGUUUGCCGUCCUUCCCGGAAGUGAAGCGGCUUCCCUCUUCCUACCUGGAAACGUUGGAGGUUCGCGCAGCACAUUUUUAAAGCACACUACAAAGAACCAUGGUGUGUAUUCCUUGCAUCGUCAUUCCAGUUCUGCUGUGGGUCUACAAAAGGUUCCUUGAGCCGUAUCUUUAUCCCUUCAUCUCUCCUUUCGUUAAACGCAUUUGGCCCAAGAAAGCAGUGCAGGAAACGGCAAAGCCCGACCAAAGGAACAGCUCUGAAAAUGGAGGCGAUUUCAUGAAGCAGGAUUCCUUCAUCGAUCAGCCAGAACUUUAUAAAAGCAACAGCAAUGGCAUUGCAAAUGGAUUUUCUGGAACUGGACCCAAAGAAGACUCCGACAAAAAGACAGAUUAGUUACUCUUCUGCUGUGGGGUCAAGGCUGUUAUAGGAAAUGAACUCACAGUUGUUGUCCCCACGUGGAUAUUUUACUGAUUGCACCUUUAUCUGAAUGGAAAUUUGGAAUAUGUAUAGACCGCCCAUUGCCCCAGAGAGACUUGGAUUAAUUCUAGCUGUGUCCUUGAAAAUAGUUUUAAUAUAUUGUCUUGCUAUUGUUGAAAUUUGGGGUAGCUGGAACCCUAAUGUGCGGUGCAAUUGAAGAGUGCUAACAGUUUUCGUGUCCAUAUUUUAUUAAAACCGUAAUGUCAAUUUCGCUACUUGUUUCAAAAAAAAAAUUCCUAAAAUCCUUCAUUGAUGAGGAUUCAUAGGCUUGUUUGUUUUUUUUAAGCAAAAGAUCAUACAGUAGCUAAAAAGAAAGUAGCACUGUAAAUAUUUGAACUCUAAUGGUGAAUGUAUCGAUAACUACCAAUUUGCUGUUUCAAAAAUUAGCAUCUGCAGAGCUGCCCUUUUGCUGAUUCCUCACGAUGGUAUAGAAAACUUUUAAAAAGCAGAUAUUACAUAUGGAGGGGACAAUACCAAUACAAUGCCACAAAGGGGAAAACUUUUGAGCUGAUAAACAAACAUAACUUUUUAUGCAAAUUCCUGUAUUUUGGUUGAUAAUAUCUACCUCCCUAAUUCGAAUAACUUCCAAGACUGCCAGAGCAAAUAAACCUUAUUGCUUAUUGUU